UACAGCAUUAUCCCUUGCACUCACUUCUGUUCCAAUUUUUCCCCUCCCUCCCUCCACCCCCUCCCCCAGAUGGCAAGCAGUCCUUUACAUGUUGAAUAGGUUAUAGUACAAAUAACAUAUUCUUAAGCCCCAUACCAGUUUUGUCAUGUCAGGAUCCUUCAACCAACAGUCCUUGUGAUAUGGACAGCAAGUUGGGAAGCACUCAAAAAAAGUUAAAAAUCUGAUUAAAGGAGACAUAAUAAACUGAGAAAUUAUUAGGUAUGGCAUUUGGCAUCUACGAUUCUUUAUCUUACAAAGCCAGGGUCUACAUCUAUAUCAUUAUCUUUAGAUACCAAUUAGCAUGUUACCACAAGACAGAAAAAGUCUUCAAGAAGCAACAGAUUGUUAGAGUAUAAGACAUAGAGUCAAAAGACUUAGAUUAUGCUGCCCACUUACUAGUAGGGAUCCUGGGGAAAGAGAUCUAGCUUCUACUUCAGCUUCUUAUUCUGUAAAAUGAAGUGGUUAGAUUAAAUGUCCUCCAAGAUCUCUUUUAAUCCUAAAAUUCUUUGAUUCCAUGUGUUUUUUUUUAAUUAUAUAGGCAAUAGGGCUCACUUUUGGGACCCUAUUGAACAUCCCAGUACAAUGGCACCAUUUGUAAGACCAAUAACAAGCUUCAUAUGCAAAAGAAUUUUCCAUUUUUAUGAGAAUACAAUUUUCAUGAACUUGACAUUGCUUCUUCAAAAGGUGCAAUAUUCACAGAGUUCUUAUAGCCUUAUUUUUUGUUUGUUUUUGUGCAGCAUGAUAUAAAAUGAAACACAAUUUCCCUUUUUUUAAAAGAAAAAGUCAUUACAACAGGCUUGUUUCCUUAUUUUCCUUUUUUUUUUUUUCACACAAAGAUCUUACUUUUGAAUUCAUUCUCCUGGUCAUUCAGUGCCUUUCCUUGCCUAAGAAAUGCAUAACUUGCCAAGGAUAGAUUAAGAAAGCUCUCUCUCUGUUUUUUUCUCCCUUUCAUACACUGGGGAUUGCUAUAACCCAGAAGUUAAUUUCUCUCUGGUCACUUCUGAGUUCCACCCAGCAGAAAAAGAAGAAAAGAAAUGACAUUUAUGAACUGCUCCCUUCAAAACAACUUGGUUGAGAUCUCUAUAGCCACUCUGAUGAUUCUGGAAUUUGCAUUAGGAUUGCUGGGCAAUGGAAUGGCUCUGUGGUCUUUUACUUCUCACUUAAAGGUAUGGAAACCCUAUGCAGUCUACUUAUUCAACCUGGUCAUUGCAGAUCUCUUAUUGUCUGUGUGCCUACCAUUCCAAAUCAUCUUCUAUCUCAUGCACAAGAAAUGGGAAUUGGGAAGGGCAGGUUGCCAUAUCCUGACCUUCCUGUUGUCCUUAAGCAGGACUGGUGGUAUUGCCUUUCUUACUGCAGUAGCUUUGGAUCGAUAUCUCAAGGUGGCUCACCCUCGUUUCAAGAUCAACAACUUCUCAAUUCAGACAGCCAAGUUCAUCUCUGCUUUAGUCUGGCUUCUAGUUGUGGUACUGAUUCACCCAAGCCUGGUGACUUCCGGAACUGGGAAAAAUGCUACUGAGUGCCAUAGUUUCUACCCCAUGGAAGAAAUCACAUUUGGUGGCACUUGGCAGGAGGUGGUGUUCUUUCUUCAGUUUCUUCUUCCCUUCAGUCUCAUCCUGUUCUGCAACAUUCGCAUCAUUAGGAUACUCCAGCAGCGGCUCCAGCAAGACAAACAGCCCAAGCUUCACAGGUCUAUGGUGUUAGUCACCACAGUAGUGGUGCUCUUUGGAAUUUGCUUUCUGCCUAGCUUUCUGGCUAGGAUACUCAUGACCAUCUUCAAAAGGUCAGAGAACUGCUGGACUCUUCAGGUGAUAAUUCAUAUAUGUGAUGUCACUAACAGCCUCACCUAUGUCAACAGUGUCCUCAACCCAAUGGUAUACUGUUUUUCAAGUCCAGUGUUCAGAUAUUCAUAUAGGAAAGUCUUUAAUACAAUAAGAGGAAAAACAAAGAAACUGCAGUCUCAGGGUUUUGAUCUCAAAGAUUCAUGUCGUAGUGAAUAGAGUACAGAACUUCAAGUUAGGAGUAACUGGGUUUGAAUCCUACCUCAUAUAUUGACUGGGUAACUCUGGGUAAAUCAUUUAAACUUUCUGUACCUCACUUUCCUCUCCUAUUAAAAUGGGAUAAGAGUUCUAAUUCAUAGACUGAUUGUGAAGAUACAGUUUAAUAAAGUACUUGAAGCAUUUUGUGAAUCUUAAAGCUUUAUAGAAAUGUGAACUAUGAAUAUUAAUGAAGAUAACUGGAGAGUUCUGCUGAGAUAUCUCUGCACAAAUCAGGACAUAGACUUAUUUCUGCCUCUGCUCAUGUGAAGCCAAAGACAGAAUACUUAUUUAAUGUGAGCAGCAAUUUUCUCUACUUCAAUUUUUACCAGAUUUUAAUCCCUGCUGUUUUACAAUCCACGGGAGGAUAAUCAGAAUUAACAAAUUAAACCUUCCAGUAUAGCCUAAAUUAAGCUAUAACAAAGUGGUUUGAUCGAUCUAGUUCUGAAUCUGAAAGAAGAAGCUCUUGAUUCUCAACUAAAUAAUGGAUUUUCUGUUUGACCGUAGGCAAGUGAUUUUGAUUUUCAAGUUCUCUAGCUCUAAGAUGGAAAAAAAAAAAGAUAAGCAGAAGAGAGAAUCCUAUUUUUUAAUCAUAGAGAUGUAGUAAGAAGUAAUAUGGUAAAAAUCUAUAUGGUUUUGAA